AUGACGGGCCACAUCUACGAGUCAAUGUUCCCCACCCCGUUCAUUCCACAGGUGGGGCUGUUCGAUUUCAUCUUCCCCUCCGCGCCGGGUGUGUCGACGUCCAAGGAGUUCCCCGAGACCCACCCGGCGUUUAUCGACGGCGUCACUGGCGAGGUGCUCUUCCGCGGAGAACUCCACGACCGCGCUCUUCGCCUGAAGACCGGUUACAAGGAGCUCCUUCACCUGAAGCGCGGCGACACGGUCUGUGUUUGGGGCAGCAACUCGAUUGAGUGGAUCUUUGCUGUCUACGGUGCCAUGGCUGCCGGUCUUGUCGCCGCCCCCCACGAGCUUGCACACCAGUACAACAACUCUGGUUCGUCGGCCAUGUUUGUCGCCCUUGAGAACCUUGCGGGCUUUGAGCAGGCCCGCGCUGAGCUUGAGCGUCCUCUGGAGGACAACCGUGUCAUCCUCUUGUGCAAGCCCGAGCACAAGCCCAAGGGCACCAAGUACCACUGCAUCUUUGAGAUUCUCUCGGAGCGCGCCGAGGAGGCCGAGCACUUUGACGGUACCGAGUGCUACGAGACCCAGUUCCUGUGCUACUCGUCCGGCACCACUGGUCUGCCCAAGGGUGUGAUGACGACCCACAACAACAUGGUCUCGCAGAUGUGCACUUCCCACAUUUGUCUCGACCCCAUGUCAUCUGAAACGGACGCCCUCCUCGGUUUCCUGCCCAUGUCGCACGCGUUCGGCCUCAUGGCCAUCCUCCUCCAGCCCCUCACCCAGGGUGUACCAGCCGUCAUCCUCCCUCGGUUCGACGAGCUUAAGGCUCUGGCCGCCAUCGAGAAGUACAAGGUCACCCGUGCUCUCUUCGUCCCCCCCGUCGUCCUUCUUUUCAUCCACUCGCAGAACACGCCCAAGUUCAACAUCACCUCGCUCAAGUCCGUGUUCAGUGGUGCGGCUCCUCUCAGCCCCGAGCUCAUGGCGGCCUUCCACAAGCGCUACCCGCAUGCCACUGUCACUCAGGGCUACGGCAUGACCGAGACCUCGCCUGGCGCCCUCCAGGCGCGUAGCGAGGACUCGCGAGCCGGCCACAGCGGUGUCGGCGUCCUCCUCCCGGGCUACCAGGCUCGUCUGGUCAUGGAAGAUGGCCGCGACGCUCACCCAGGAGAGCGUGGCGAGCUCUGGCUCCGUUCGUCUUCUAUCAUGAAGGGAUACCACGCAAACCCUGAGGCGACCGCCAAGACCAUGGCUCCUGGCGGCUGGCUCAAGACUGGUGACGUCGCGGUUGUCGACGAGAACAACCGUUUCGCUAUCGUUGACCGUGUCAAGGAGCUCAUCAAGUACAAGGGCUUCCAGGUGGCCCCCGCUGAGCUCGAGGCCCUGCUCCUCCAGCAGCCCAAGGUCAUUGACGCCGGCGUCGUUGGCGUGUAUGACGAGUCGCAGGCGACUGAGCUUCCUCGCGGCUACAUUGUCGCCAACCCUUCGCUCGGCAUCAAAACCGACGCCGACAAGGCAAAGCUGUCCAAGGAGGUCGCCGCUUGGGUCGCCGGUCGUGUCGCCCCGCACAAGCGCCUUGUGGGUGGUGUCAUCAUCAUUGACGCUGUGCCCAAGUCCCCCUCGGGCAAGAUCCUCCGCAACAUUCUGCGCAAGCAGGCCCAGCAGGAGUUUGAGAGCUCCGCCAAGGCCAAGCUCUAG